GUCAUUCCUACACUCGAUGUGAAUGAAUGUUAUGCUCUUGGCUGUAUCCCCUAGCGAUUUGGUUUUUUAAUGUAUCUACCUCUACAUACAUCAUCUGUGGAUAUUCAUAAGAUGGAGAAGACAAUGAAGUGAUUGAAGUACACUUAUGUCAUAAGUUGGCAAUGCAACUUAUUCAAUUGCGGGCAAUGGAUGAUAUUGGAGAAGAAGGGUUAUCUAUGGUUCAAAAUGAAGGUUCAAAUGCCUGCCUCCCGGAUCCCAAAGAACUAGGUUUACAUGAUGUGUCGUUGGUGUCUCAGGAGAACACGGAUGUGGACGACGAGGGUCUGAUCAAACACUCCACCAGCCUCACCAACAGGCAGCGGGGGAACGAGCUCACAUUCCUCCCAGCAACGCUAGACUGUCUGUCCAUACACCAGUUGGCAGCUCAGGGAGAUGUUUGCCAGGUUGCCGUACAUCUCAAUAAAGAUUGUUCUCUGCUCAACAAACAAGAUGAUAGGGGCUUCACUCCCCUCAUGUGGGCGGCUGCGUUUGGGGAAAAAGCUGUGGUGGAUUACCUCUUGGCGGAGGGAGCAGACCCCAAAACUGUUGCAUGGGAACGAGAGAGUGCAUUAACCCUGGCGAGCAUGGGAGGUUUUGUGGACAUUGUGAAGUCCCUGCUUGCCCUUGGGGUGGACAUUAACACGUACGACUGGAACGGUGGAACCCCCAUUCUUUACGCGGUGAGAGGGAACCAUAUCCAGUGUGUUCAGGAACUCUUAGACAGAGGUGCAGACCUGACCAUUGAAUCCGACUCAGGGUACAGUCCAACAGCCUUGGCGGUCGCCCUAGGACAUAAAAAGAUCCAGAAAGUGUUGGAGGAACACGUUCUACAACUUUACAGUCCAGAUGACGAAAUGAAGGAAAGAUUCUUGUCGUUGGCACGAAGGAAAGAUUUGUGUGAAUAAAGGAGUGGUAUGGACGUGCUGCACUUAAAUUAGAGUGGGACCAAGAUGGCAUUGGCGAGUUGUGUGGACUUAUCAGGACUGCUGUGCGGUGCGAAGUUAUGUGGUAUCAAAUCACUCCAAUAAGCUUGAAUUGUAUCCGUAUGGUUUUCUAUAGUUUUUUUUUUAAUUUCUUAUUACAUGUGAUAUAUUUUUUAUAAAACUCGAAAGCAAAAGCGUUGGUUUGUAAUGUAUUUCUUCUUCAAAAAAUGAAAAAUGAAUGGCACAGAUAUUGAUGAAAAAUGAAAUCAUUAAACAAGGUGUAAACACAAAA